GCAAAAGAUGUCAAACAAUCCCGAGAAGGCGGCUGCUUCCCAGGCGGCGAUUGAUGAUGAUGAACCGGACGAUUGGGACAAGAGAAUCUUCAGCACCGGGUGCUCUGAUGAAAAUGCGAAAUUGACGGAUUGCUACUACGAGAAGAAAGAUUGGCGAGUGUGUAAGAAGGAGAUGGAGAUCUUUCGAGAAUGCUGGAAGAGGCAUGGUAACAACGAGAGAACGUCAUCUAAGGAUGUUUGAAUGCAAGAUAUUGUAUUUUGACGCUGUAUUACAAAUUGUACAAGAUUACCACUCUGGCACACGAUGUUUCCGAACUACCCGAGUAUCAAAGAUUAGUAGCCAAGGUUCGCAUUGAACAAUCGCCAGUCCACGGAAUGAGCCUAUAGUCAUAAUGGGACAUAAUCGCU